CCAUUGUUAGCGACUACCCUUAUCGACGCUUAUCAACCUGCAGCAAACGGAGCCGAGUCGAUCUUUUGCUCUCGUCUGAAAGUUGCACCACGAGCCACGACUCUACGACUACACUGUUUGGCGCUUUGUGAUCGCAUUUUAAUUGUUCGACAGACUCUCACUCCAGGUUACGAUUUCCUGAUUUAUACAUUCUUUUUCGCACGAUACAAUCUGUUUACUCGAGUACAUACAUCGACACCGACACGAUGACUGCUGAUCCCCCCGCCAAGAAGGAGUGUAUGGGCGCCGACUGCCAGAAUGAAGCUGGAUCCCUCCAAUGCCCAACUUGUCUGAAGCUGGGAGUCAAGGACAGCUUUUUCUGCUCUCAGGAGUGCUUUAAGAGAAACUGGGGCAUCCACAAGACAAUGCACAAGUCGCAAAGUAAUAUCCUCCACCACCUGAAAGCUCCGAAAGCAAUCUCACCAGAUCCAGCUACCGGCUAUUAUAACCCGUUCCCCAACUUUCCGUACUCUGGAACCCUGCGACCCGUCUAUCCUCUGUCGCCGCACCGAACUCUUCCUCAGUCGAUUCCUCACCCCGUGUGGUGGCAAGACGGCAAUCCCAGAUAUAGCCGAUCCCUCACCAACCGUAACAAGAUCGAAAUUCUCGACAAGAAGGGCCAGGAUGCUAUGCGAAAGAGCUGCAAGCUUGCGCGAGAGGUCCUCGACAUCGCUGCCGCUGCCGCUAAGCCUGGCGUGACGACCGACUAUAUUGAUGAGAUCGUUCACAAGGCUUGUAUCGAGCGAAACUCCUACCCCUCUCCUCUGAACUACAACAACUUCCCCAAGUCUUGCUGCACGUCCGUUAACGAAGUCAUCUGUCACGGUAUUCCUGACCAGCGUGUUCUGCUAGACGGUGAUAUUCUCAACAUCGACGUUUCCCUGUACCACGAAGGAUACCACGCCGAUUUGAACGAGACAUAUUACAUUGGAGACAAGGCCAAGGCCGACCCCGACACUGUUCGUGUGGUUGAGACGGCACGACAAUGCCUGGAUGAGUCAAUCAAGGCCGUUAAGCCCGGCACUUUGAUCCGAGAGUUUGGUAACAUUAUCGAGAAGCACGCCAAGAAGCACAACUGUAGCGUGAUCCGAACUUACUGUGGCCACGGAGUCGGCAAGCUUUUCCAUUGCCCUCCCAACGUCCCUCACUAUGCCAAGAACAAGACUGUUGGAGAGUGCAAGCCCGGAAUGACCUUUACUAUUGAGCCCAUGAUUGCUCUGGGCAAGUACAGAGAUAUUACUUGGCCUGACAACUGGACCAGCACCACUAUCGAUGGCAAGCUGACAGCUCAGUUUGAGCACACUCUUCUAGUUACAGAAGAUGGUGUCGAGAUUUUGACCGCGAGACAGCCGGAUUCUCCUGGUGGUGCCCUACCGAUGCCUGGUACUGAGAACGGAGAGACCCAGGCAUAGAGCGUUAUGAGGAUUCAUAUAUGAAAAAAUCAUAUGUUUUGGCGAUAUCAUGUUCUGGAGUUGGUGGAUGAGGGGUUGUUGGCUGACGGGCGGUACAUUAUAACGGCGAGCAGCGAGGCAUGAACCCAAAAUUGAUAUAUUGACACAUUUCUGCUCAAGUUUUUAGUGAUUGAUAGACUCUU